GGGAGUUGGAGAAUGAGCCUAUUUCCAAAAAAAGUGGAGUGUUCCUUUAACCCACCCUUAAACCUACCCAUACCACCAAACCUGCCCCUGACCUCACCUGUCUCCCACCUCAAUAGCAGCAAAAGUGUUUUGCAAUGCAAUAUGACCACAAUAAAUAUAUUGUACUUAUUUUUUGAUACAAGUACAUAGUAGGCCACCUAAUAUAAAGUGUGACCAGCAAUUGAAAAAAAGUCCCCUUUUUAUUAGGCAGGGUUAGGACUUACCAAGCGUACCGUAUAUACCAAGAACAGUAUGUGUUUUGUUUGUUACCACAUAAUACCACAUUUGUGCGUAGGUGCUACACAUUUGCCAUGUACAUAUCAUUAGUAAGUAUAGUAAUGUGUCUUAUUAGCAGUGUUGGGCACAUUACUUUAAAAAGGUAAUUAGUUAUAGUUACUUCUCACAAAUAGUAACUGAGUUAGUAACAGAGUUACAUCAUUAUUAAAGUAACUAAUUACCAGGGAAAGUAUCUAUUGCGUUACUUUAAAAAAAAAAAAAAAAAUUUCAAAUGUCAAAUAACUUGGAUGCCCCCAAUAUUAAAUAUGUUAAAUGAAUGAAAUGGACUCUAAAUAGAAUAAAUUAUUAUUAUAAAACAUUGUACACUAAUCUACACUAUUUUCAUAUUUCUGUGGGACAAUGUGAGAGACGCCUAUCAAAUUCAAUAUAUUACUGUAAAUAUUAUCAACCAAUUAUAUAUAUAAAGCUUAUGUUUGUAAAAUGGCACAGUUUCUUUUAAAUAUCUGACACUUAGCAUCAGUCAGUCAAGCAUUAUAAUAUGAUAUUAUGAUAAUUAAGCAUUAUAUGAUGAUAGAACUUUAGUAAUUAGACUAACCAUGUAUGAAUGCAUAUUUGUCAUGUUGACUGAACUUAGGACUGGUGGUGGUGCUUAAGAUAUUGUUUGUCAUUUAGUGUUUCGAUUAAAAAAAGGAAGAAAAAAAAACAAACAAACUAAAAAUAAUACUGAUAAGAUAAAAUUACUACGAAUUCUAUAAAACGCACUAAGGAUUAAUGAGCUGCUGGGUUCAUGAAUAUUAAUCAUGUUGUCUGCGUUAGCUCAAAUUGAUUUGCUGUAAUCAAAACAGGGAUGACAAUAGGUGAGCGCCAGCCAAUGAGAUUGUCGUUUGCGCAUUAGUUCCGCCCACUACCAGAGAACCUGCCAGUUCUUAAAAGCUGAAGAAUUCCAAAGGAAAUCCGUUAUUUUGACAGGAAAAUACAACAAAGAAUAUCGUUUACAUGUAGCGCGUCAAUUCUGCAUGUUAUGAAAGACUCUCUUGCUCUGUAUCUUUCUUUGCGUGUGAGACAAAGCAACGGCGAGUCAUGCGCCUUCACACUAGAGUUUACGGUUCGUCAAAUACAGCUACACUGCGCAUCCAUUCAGAUGAACUGAAAAAUAAAAUGAUAAUAAUAUUAUAAUAAAUUAUAGUAAUGCCGCAUUUUAUUGUCAAAAAAUAAUGCCGUUAGUAACGCCGUUUAUUUAUAACACCAUUAUUCCCAUCACUGCUUAUUAGUUACCAUAUACGGAUACUGUAAGUUUGUACCCACAUUUACCAUGUAUAUAUUAAUAAGUACAGUAAAGUAUCUAAUUAGUUAAAACGAGUGUGCCAUGAAAUAUGUAAUGUAAUGUGUGUUGUAAAGAUCGCGAGUGAAAACAAAAGAAAAAGAAAAUGCUUACAGCGGCAUGAGAUCGUGACUGUCAUGUUAGCCUGAUGGGACCAAACUUCCUCUGUAAGUGAUUUUAAAACAUAAGACAGUACCCAGAUUUGAAGACUACAAUAAGAUUUCACUUCUACUGUUAAUAAAAUUUUGGUAGGCUACUAUGAGAUGGAUAGCUUAAAUGUAUAAUUCAUAUGGGAUACGUGUUAUUUUUAUGGUAUAUCAAAAAGUGUAUUUUUUUAAAUGUCAUUGUUGGUAAUGGUACAUUUUACCAGUAUUUACCAUACUUUCAAAACAAAAAUUUAAAUAGGAAAAAUAUGAAAUAUGAAAAUAAUUUAAGAAAAAAAUGUGUUUAAAGAGAGAGAGAAAAAACAAACAAAAAAAACAACAAGAUUUGGUUUUCAAAAAGGUAGAUCUGGAAAAGGGGGGGUCGUCUUAUAUUCAGGUUAAUACGGUACCUUGUGUUACCACUCAUUUGCCUGUAGGUACAAGAUAUUUACCAUGUAUGUACCAGGGAAGUGCACGUACUGUAAAAUAAAGUGCUUCCUUAAAUCCACCUGCCAAAUACUGUAUAGGCCAAAACAGCUCUGAUGCAUCAAGGCAUGGACUCCACAAGACCUCUGGACAUGUCCUGUGGUAUCCAUAACCAAAACAUUAGCAGAAGAUCCUUUAAGUCCAGGAAGUUGCGAGGUGGGGCUUUCGUGUAUCGAAUUUCUGGGUCCAGAACAACCCAUAGAUGCUGCCAUCUCUUCCCUAGGUAAAUGACUCGCAUAAGAUUUAAAAAUGUGAUUCAUCAAGCCAGGCAAUCUUCUUACAUGGCUCCAGUUCCUUGCACCACUUUUGGGUACUAACCACUGCAUAUUGGGAACUCUUGCCAUUUUGGAGAUGCUCUGACACAAUCCUCUAACCAUCACUAUUUGGCCCUUGUAAAAAUCCCACAGAUCUGUUCACUUGCCCGUUUGUCCUGCUUCCAACACAUGUUCAUUGUUCACAAAUAUCCCACCCAUUGACAGGUGCCACUGUACCUGUAUAAUCAAUAUCAUUCACUUCACUCGUCAGUGGUUGUGGCUGAUCAUUGUAUAUUAUUCGGUGUACUAGUAAUGCAGUGCUAAACAAACAUCUGUGAAAAGUUUGAUCAUUCUGUCCAUGGAUCAUUUCAAGUGUAGCCUAUAUAAGGAGCAGUCAGUGAUUGGCUCUAGUCAAAAGAGACAGUAAAUGUUUUGUGGUCAUUUUCAUUUCAAGAUAAACAACAGCUCAGCUCUACAAUCUUUACCUUAAUUACUAAAUUACCCCAGCAUUUCCCUCUACCAAACUGCCUUACGUAGUUUGACCCCAUCCCAUUACUUAGAGUAUAAAUAGCUAUACCUGUAGCAACUCUAACCCAUGCUUUUGCAACGCAGUCCUCACCUGUCUUAAACACACUUUGCUCCCAAAUAUUAUCAGGUAUGAUCAAAGACACGGCCUGCCUUUUAUCACCAAUCCCUUAAAGAGAGUUGCAACAUUCCCUGGACGGUGGGACAUUCUCAGUUACCUCAGUCCCCAGCUCCAAAUUCCUUCUCUCUCUUGCUGAAUUUGUAUAAGCAUUUGGAAGGCACACCAAGGUUAUUUACUUAAUAUAUCUAAAAUAUAUUUCUCUCUCUAUCCUUGGGUGGUAGUCACUUUUACACUUUUUCUUGUUCGUCACCAAAUCUGCAACAAGAGGCAUGCAUCCCAUACUGGGGCACUCUGGAGUUUGGCUUCUACAUCAGAAUCUUCCUAGGCCGUCUUAACAUCUUCUGUGCCAUUUGCAGAUUCUCAUUUUAUGUUUGGCCCAUUCAAUCCCCUCAGCUCAUUAGUAGAGACUGCAAUACUUGAAUUGGGUGUGUCUGAUGAGGGAGAAAAACAUAAUGUACAGUGGUGGGGGUUCCCCAAGACAGCUUUGAGAAGCACGGAUCAAAAGUAGGCAGCAUUAAAAGUCAAUCAAUUUUUUUUUUUUUUUUGUUGGAGUCUUCUGGCAAAACAAAUAGCACUUUGCAGUUCAUCUAACCUUUGAAUAUAAAAGACGUCCCAAAAUACUAUGUGAAGCCCAUAGAGCUAAUUCACCUACUCGACAAACUACAUUGCUGUGAUUGGAUAACCUCUUGGCAUAUGAAUAGGCAUUACAUUGAAGUGUUUUGAAAACGUUUAUGAUAUACUUAUAGAUACAGAUGCUAAUAUUCAGAUCUGCUCCCAUUUCAUCAGAGGUUGCUGCAAUGACUAUUGUAGCCAAAAACAGAUAUGUCUGUUGGGCGAACGGAUGCAAUAUUCUUGGAAUUGGAUUAGCUCUGAACUCGAGUCAAGCCACGAGGUUUAGCAUCUCCUUGUGAUCAAUCCUAUUUACUAUUAUUCAUUAAUAGUAUGACUGGUUGACUGGACAGGCAGGUGAGCUUGUUGGUCUCUUGGAAAACAAGUUGGUCUCUUGAAACUAGAAUUUGUGAACAGAGAAUCCAGAAAUCAGGAAACCAACGUUCUGUGGGAGUACAUUACUUCACUACAUCAUCUUGUUUCUUCUCUUAAAUACACUGAAGCUAUCAACAUUGAUGAGGAGACAAUGGUCAGUUACUUAACGCGUGAGAUUUACCCCUUUUCUCAGAUGGAUAUGUGUUUGUCCAUUCAACAUUAUUAUGGGUAUGAUCAGUGCUGGAUUAAGUACCUCCAAUUUGAUACUGUUAAGUGCUUUGACACAAUCUGUAUUGUUAAAAGCGCUAUAUAAAUAAAGGUGACUUGACUUGACUUGACUUCCUCUGGAUUUUUUUUUUCCGCGACUAAGCGACUAAUACAAUUUUGGUCGACCAAGCCUCUUCUUGUCCACUAACGGUCAGUAGACUAUUAGGGGGCAGCCCUAAUUUAUAUGUAUUUACAGUUUAAUCUAGCUCAGAGGAGGCAUGGAUGCAUUUAACUUGCAGUUACAAAUGCAUAAAUAAUGCAUUGUAUAAAACCUUGAAUACUGACAUUUGAAAUGAUUUAAAACAUGACAAAAUUGUUGAAAUGUGUAAAGAGGGAAUGAAGCAUUCAUUCAACCAAUUCGUUCAAAAAGCUGAUUCAUUCAAUAAGGAAACUCUGUCCUGUGUGUUCCUAGAGAUGCAAAACAGUACUGUGAUCUUUGUUUGGAACUAUUUUCAUUGGCAAAAUUGAGCGAAAAUAGACAAUAUUGUGUCUAAAAUGUAAGUCACUUAAUGCAAACUUUAUUAAACUUGUAUAAAAUCAAUAUUACAUUUGUUAUCAUGCUGAUAUCUGGAGAAAAAAAUGGCACUCUUUGUGUGAACUAAAUUAACUACGUAUAUUAAAUUAUAUAAAUAGAAAAAAUGUACAGAGGCCCUUUUGCCGUCUACAAUUUAGAAUGCCUUGAAUUUUAAUGAUUCUAAAUGCAUUUUAAUUGACUAAAUCUCGUAGUGUAUGCGUGCACUCUCUGUGUGUGUUUUUUGAUAUUCUCGAUAAUGUCAGAUCGCACAUUGUUAACACAACACUUACAAUAUUAUCGCAGAUGAUAUAUUGUAUAUUACACACCCCAGCCUUGACUUGAGUGAAAAAUGAAAUCACACGCAGUUGUCCGUGCACUUGUUUGCACAUGAGCAAAGGUGUUUUUUAGGAGUCUAACCUACAAGUGCCAGACCACUGAUUCGUCAGACCUGCUUUUUUGCAGCCUGUGUUCUUCCGACUUUAUUUUGUAAUAAGUAACGAAUAUGCUUGAGGGAAAUAAAAGUAAAUAUAUACAUUUCAAUCACCAUUAUUUAUGUAGUGCUUUUUAAUUAAACAGGGAAAUAGUGUGUCAAAAUAGUGUACUGUUCUCCUCUGGCCAGACGAAACCAGCAGAUUAAUUAUAGGCUGCAACAAACUCAGAUUGUCCAGAGGAAUCAUCUGGUUCCCGUGGUCUUGUCCUGAUGUCCGUCUAGGUGACGAGGUCUUCGGAGGGGAUCUGUCUCUGGGGCUCAUCUAGUUGGCAUGGUCCCCGCUGACAUUCAGGGCUGUAGAGGUUAUCUCUAGGUGCUGAUCCACCAUCUGGGCUGGAUACGGACAGGAUCCGGGUGGCUGUAGUGUCGAUCUGAUCUGAUCUGGAUCAGACUAAUAUUAGCGUAGAUGCCAUUCUUCUUACAAUCUAACAAGUACAUUGUGUGUUAUGGAAGUGUUCCCGAUUCCGGUUGACCUAAAUAAUGCAGCCUAACAAUCCAACGGAUUUGAAUAUUAUAAAUGUGUUAGUGUGUUAUGUGUAAGCCAGGCUAAAGAGAUGUGUCUUUAAUCUAGAUCUAAACUGACAGAGUGUGUCUGCCUCCCGAACAGUGUUAGGUAGAUUGUUCCAGAGUUUGGGAGCUAAAUAGGAAAAGGAUAUGCCGCCUGCAGUUGAUUUUGAGAUUCUAGGUAUUAUCAAAUGGCCAGAGUUUUAUUUUUUUUUUGUUAUCAACUUUUUUUUACAUUUAUUUUCACACACAACAUCAUAACAUAACAUUAAUUCAAAACAAACAAAACAAAACAAAACAACAGACAUAUAAUCAGUACUUUAAAAGUCCAGUCAAAAAGGAGAGAGAAAAAAAACAAAACAAGUCAUUCCUUUAUAUAAUCGAGUAUGUUAAAGAAAAAACCCUGCCAAGCAUCAAUAGUAGAAGGCUUAGCCCCAUUAAUUUGUGCUGUUGUACAUUCACAAGUCACUAUUUUCAGGAGGCUAUUGAUUCAAUCCGACCUUACGUGAAGUAUUAUGACAAAAUUCAUUAUGAAGAAGAAUUUGACCUGUUUUGCAGGUGCAUUAGAGCUAAUAUUAGCAUCAUGCUUCAUAAGACAAUUUAUGAGAUUAAUAGUACACUUUUACUCAGAAUUCACUUCAAACCACCAUCGAGUGUUUGUAAUAACUUCCUUUUACGAUCACAUGUGGAAUUUGGUAGUUUACUGUUGUUAAAAUAUGCUAUUUAUAGCCUUUUAUAUUGCUGCACAAAUUAGCAUUUCAGACGUACACAUUCUCCUCAAGAAAACCACAUACAGACCAUAUCUAUCGUAGUCGUGUGUUUAUUAUCUUAUAUAAUCUAUAGUGGUUGUUGUCAAGUUUAUUUCUGCUGUGUAAAAGCCUUAACAUGUAUGCUCUGACUGAAACUCACGUUGUUUGUGAUGUUACAACCGCCUCUCCGUUCUUGAGUUGCCAGGUAUACAUUCCAAGUAUAAUACACAUUAGUAAAAGGAUCUAUUUUAGGCGGCCGUGGUACACUACAAAAGUAGCCCAAAAAAACGCAACCCACGGCUCUGUCAUUUUUCCCGCGACAGUAUUUUCAAAAUAGCCCACUUGUGCCGCUACCCUGGCAACACUGGUGCUGUACCCUCAUCACGCAAUGAUAGAUAACCUUCCGCGCUGCGAUGACGGGAAGAAGUUGGGGUCAAACCUUAUCAAACGAUUAAUUUGCGUUAAAAAAAUAUUAAUGCGUUAACAUUUUUAGAUUAAUCGCAAAUUUAGUUCUUAAUGUCUGAAAUUAACAGAGGCCCUGGUUAUCAUAUAUAUCACCGCAAGAAGACCAAGAGGGUUGGACAAAUGGACGAUUUCCGCAUACAAAAUUAAAAUUGUGCCAUAAAGGUGUACUGUUACAAAAUUUGAAGGGUCCUCCUAUCAGACAUUCAACCGUUUUCUAGACUUUAAUAGAAUUAGCCACAACUGGACCAAAUUUAUAAUGAUCACCUUUUUACCUGUGCCAGUAAAUAAAAUAUCUUGGAGUCUAAAUGGCCAGAGUUUUGAGAUCGUAGUGGACGUGAAGGACUAUAGAGGAAAUUAAAUUAAAAUACAUAAUUAGGAAAUGUAGUGGAGUAAAAGUUGACAGAAUUAUAAAAACUCAAGUAAAGUACAGAUUCUCCCAAAAAAUGGAAACAGGACUGAACUACAAAAUAAAAGAUAUGAAAACAUGAACAUAAAACAAAACCUAAAACAGCCGUGACAGAUCCCCCCUCUAUGGGCGGCUCCUGAAGCCCAAAAGGAACACCCACCCCAAAACAACAACAAAACCCAAGAAGUCCAGGAGGGUGGUGAAGCGGAGGUGGAACAGGGGGAGGGAUGGAGGGCCAGGCCCUUGAACGGGUAUAGGACCUGGAUCAAUGGCAAUGGCAGACCUGGGCAGUAGAGCCAUAGUGGACCUGGGCCGUGAAGCAGAGGCAGGUCUAGACUGUGGAGCAGAGGUGGGCCUGGACCAUGGAGCAAUGGCGGCCUAGAGAGGUUAGCAAUGGCCUCUAUGGCUGUAACAGGACAAGCAGAGAGUUUAUGGAUGGCCCGCUUGGCAGUGACAAGAUGGGCAAAGUGUUCAUGGACAGCCUCCAUGGCUGUAGCUGGACAGGCUGUGAGUUCAUGGAUGUCCUUCAUUGCAUGAUAGGACAAGGCAGAGAGUUCGGAAGUGGGCGCCAUCACCUCAGGAGGUUCUGCAGCGGAAGCCGCCACCUCUGGAGGCACUGGAGUGGAUUCAUGGAGGAGAGGCUUCUGAGGCAAAGUCGUGGAUAGGAGAGGCCUCUGGGACAGAUUUGUGGACAGGAGAGGCCUCAGGAGUGCAGUGUGCAGCCCAAACACUCAGGAUGGCUACCACCAUAACAUGGAGCACUGAGGAUAGGGGAACAGCCUCUGUGAUAGCCAGGCUUUGGCGUAGCAGACAUUAUGUGAGCAGGUGUUGUUGUAGCAGACAUGAGGUGAGCAGGCUCUGACUUGGCAAGCGUGACGUGACUUGAGCAGGCCCUGGAGUAGCAGGCAUGACGUGAGCAGACACAACGUGAGCAGGCUUUGGCUUGGCAGGCAUGGCGUGAACAACUCCAGACAUAACUGUUGGCACGUGAAAUUGCUCCAGUGUAGCAGUCAUAAUGUGAUGAGACUUAGUGAAGUGCCGUGUUCCUCCUUUACAUCACCCACAGUGAAAGCAGACCCACUCAACAAUAAUGCAAAGUCAAUAUAUUGCUCAAGAGUCCAAUAAGGGGUGUUGCGAGGCAUGAGGUAAUUAAGAUAAUCUUUAAGUCCAUGUUGAAAAAUGUUCUUUAAAGCCACAUCAUUAAAACCCACCAAAUGGCAAAGUCCACAAAAGCUUGCCACAUAAUCCUCUAUGUAACGAUUGCCUUGACAAAGGUGAAACAAAGAAACUGCUGGGUCCAUUGUAAUGGUUGUGUAUUCUGUAACACACAGUCCACUGAACGGCAAGUUUAAGAACCCAAGUGCAGUUUAUUUAUUCAACAUAAAUAAAAAAACAAAGACUUGACUUGACUUGACUUGACUUGAACACUCACAGAGAGCAGGGUCGCAUACAUCCAAUAUACGACAAGAGACAAUGGCAACAUGAGGGCUAUAAAUACCAAACAAAAAGGGUCACAUGCAGAGUUGGGUAUAAUGCGUUACUGUAUUCUAAUUACUUUUCCUGGUAACUGCAGUAAAGUAAUGUGUUACAUUUUAAAUUUAUGUCAUUUGAUUACAGUUACUAAUGUCAAUAAAAUGACAUUACUUAAGUUACAAAUGCAGUGGUAAAAAAUAAAAAAUGAAGUAAAAAUCAUGUUUUGCACAUCAGUAUGCCCUUUAAUAAAUCACUGAAGAAUGCGAGCUAAAAUGCAGAAGAGUCCUACAACAUUUAGAUGCAAUGAAAGGUUGCCUAUCAUAUUUCAAAAUGUUUCACUCAACAUAUUUUAGUCUGGUAUUAUAGUUUGGGAAAAGUUCAACAAGUGAAUGUGUACAAGUUUGUGUCACAAUAACACUGUAACAAUAUAAGUAAAAAAUAAAUGACUCAUUAGAAUGAGAUCAUCCGCUGGAUUAAGCCGCGUCGGCAUCACAAUUCAAGGCUUAUUCUUCACAGUGCGUCUUCUUCCAAAAAUGAAAAGUAGCCAAAAUGAACUUGGAUCUUUCUUUGUUUACAGAGGUGAUGUGGACAUUUACAUGUUCAUGUGUCUCAAGCUUGGUUUCGCAUGGAUGAUUAUCUUAUAGCGCACUAUGUGCGUGGGCGUGAUCACAUUAUAGGUGAGCUCAGACGGGUAAGACUGUACCUCGUGUUGGUUUUAUAUGGAUUAUUUUAUCAGAGAAUAUUUGUUUUUGAUGUGACUUCAUUUAAUAAUAGACACUUCAAGCUUUCUUUAGAUAUACUGUAUUUCUCAUGUCAUUUUCGUUCAUUUUAGUGACUCGUUUCAGGAAGACGCCUCAAUCGCGUCUUCCAUGCAAGUUCAAAAAUUACAACUCGAGCGGAAAAUUCGCAUGACGCCAAUCAGCGAAGAGCUUCUUGACACGUCCAGUUGAAUCAGACAGUGGAAGAGAGCAUUAUUGUAGCUGUCUGUUAUUAUAUAGGUAUGGAGCAUAGAAAACAAUUAGGCUAAAAUCAGUUGUAAUGGUAGUUGUAUUUUAUUAGCAUGGCUACAAAGAUGCUGCUAUCGAUAGUAGAAAUAAUAAUAAUAUCAGUGUAUAUAUAAAGUAGUAAAAUGUAACACACACAUUAAUGCAGGAUCCUAUCGUUACUCAUCCUCCUCUGGAUGGUGCUGUGAAUCCAGACACGUUGGCGUUUGGCUUUCCAUCAUAUUUGGGACUUUCACAACAGGUACAAAACAGCGAUUGUAGUUAUCUCCACCAUAGUUGAUCGCGCUACAAUUUUAUUCGCGUGAGUGACACGAAAAACAGUAAUCUAGAGCGAGUGACGUGACGUGACGUGAUGCACAUAUUCACUUCGCGUCUGGUGUCCUCCCUGUCCGUGAGAGUGAUUUUGUGAUGGCACCAUGAAGCGUUCUUAACUGAACUCCGAUCCAGGAGUCACCAUUUUUUGUUUGUUUAAUGCCAGUUUUCAUUCUUACUGUAUAUCACCACCUGGGGUGGUUGUGCAAUUUUUUAUUAUUAUUAUUUUUGAAACAGAAAAAAAUAGAAGUUCUGAGAGAAGAGUUUCAAGUUAUAGAAAAAGGUGGUUUGUGGAAUUAAGAAACAAUAACAGCAGCAACAACAACAAGCUUUUGGAAAAAAAUUAUCCAAGAAAAAUCAUGUCGGAUCUUUUUCCAACUUUAAUAUAAUAUUAAAACCAUCAAAAUUCACAUACCAAGCAAAUAUUUUGAGAAAAAAAAAAAAAGAAAAUCUAAAAUUACCUAGCUAAAAGUGUGUACACCCUUUUAUAAUUGGGCAACUAAUCACAUUCAAAUUGAUUUGAACAAACAAGACAUAAACAAAAUACAAGGCCUUAAAUAUACUAUGGCAAACAAGGAGACAGUCACAGAGAGACAAUCAUGAAUAAAACUGCAAAGGACUACAAAACUCAACACAUGUAACAGGAAACUAAGGAAUAAGAACUAUAAAACUUUGAAAGUCCAAACAAUUAGGGAAUAUGUACUGUAACAAAGAACCUUAAGAACUUAGGAAAGUGAACAAAAAGGAGGGUGGUGGAGCAGAGGUGAACCAAGGGGGAGGGAUGGAGAGCCAGCCCAUGGGGUGGAAGAGGGCCUGGACACCAAGGCGUAGCAAGGAAUCAAGGUGGAACUAGAGACCAAAGUAGAGCUGGCAGAACUAGAGACCACCAGGGAGAUGCCAAUGGAGCAGGACGACACCAGGGCAGCACAGGUGGAGCCGGAUUUGAAGCAGAGCCUGAAACCAAGGCGGAGCUAGUGGAAUAGGGACCAGGGUGGUGCCAGAGACCAGCAGGGCAAAGCAGGAAACUCACACAGAGGAACCGGUGGAGCUAGACACCAGAGCAGCAGCAGAGCAGGAGACCAAGGUGGAGCCGAUGGAGCUGAAGGGCAGAGAUGACAACCAGGGUGGAGCUGAAGAACACAGAUGAUCAGGAGAUAACAGCUGGCUGAGAUCAUGAUAGAGCUGGCAGACCAGGGAUGUCUUCCACUUUGCUUUCAGAAACAUUUGCAAACUUCCCUAAGCACUUCCCCUCGGGGGAGUCUACGCUGCCAUUUUGAAAUACGCUCCACUUUAUGAACUGGAGGAGGGAUGUUUAUAUGCAAGGGAAAAAAACGUAUACUGGAAAUGCAGAACCAGAAGUUCACAUAAGUUUGGCACCUGUAAUACAAAAAGCUGACAAACACCGUCAGGUCUAAUCACAUGGGUGUAUACAUAGGCAGAGCAUGUGUAAGGCUGGGAAAGGCUUAGCUUAGUCUUCCCCUGGCCACGGGUUAGAAAUUAAUGGGGGCUUGGGACAAAAAUGCCACCACAUUUGUCAAAAGAUAUCCUUGCACAACUGAACUAAAUCUUUUACAGCUGUCAUGAAUAAAGUGUAAAUGAAAUUAAAAGUGUCAGUUGUGGCAUUAAAGGUAGAUCUGCUCAUGUCGCAUCAUAUUUCUUUUUACAAGUCUUUACAGUGUUGCGCAUUAUAACCAAUGGCAGUUCUGCUUAUUCUGUUUAUAAUUCUGCUUAAAAGCAAUAGCCAAUCAGGAGGCGUUCAGAUUAGUUAUCACUGAAAGUCUUGAUUUUUGUUACUACCUUUGGAAGAAUACAGGUCCUGGAGGGUGAGCAGUGUGCACUGGCAUGACAGUGUGCACAGGGAGCACAGUGAUUCAUUCAGCAGUCUGGACUGUCCAUUGUAGUUUUCUGAUGUCUUAUUUGGUCUCUGCAUCCAGAAUGAUAUAGAUAUACAGUAGAUGAACACAGGACAAACUCGAUGGAAGCCCAUGCUGGGGUGUUCCUUCUGAAGUUCACUAUCAUUUACACUACUUUUAGCAUGUUCAGCUCCAGGUUAUUAUGACUGCACCAGACAGCCUGACAUUCAACCUCCUGUCUGUAUGCAGACCCAUUACUGUCCUGGAUGAAGCCAAUGAACAUGGUGUUGUCUACAGAGGUUCAGACUGCUCAAAGGAUUAUUGGUGCUCCCCUGCCAAACCUCCAAGAACUGCAUACAUCCAGAGUGAGGCUCAGAAUAUCACUCCGGAUUCCUCACAUUCAAGCCAUCUCUUUUUUGAACUUUUGCUGUCUGGCCGGUGCUACAGAGCACCGAAUACCAGGACAGCCAGGCACAAAAACAGUUUCUUCCCCCAUACAAUCUACCACAUGAACAGUUAGAUGUUCCCCUUUCUGCAGUAAAAAAAUAAAUAUCUGCAAUAACCUUAUAUUUAUUUGUUACCACCCUACAUCCUAGUACAUCCCGACAUCUUAUUCUAUUAUAUUCCUAUUCUAUAGCACACCUGUACAUACAAUUUAUUUAAUUUUUCAAUUUAUUUUUCAAUUUUUUGUUUAUUUAUUUAAAUGUGUAUUUUAUUCACAUCUUAUUUUUAAUAUCUGUGUGUUGUUGUUGUCUCUGUGUAUUGGAAGCUUGUGACACUAAAACAAAUUCCUUCUAUGUGCAAACAUACUUGGCAAUAAGGCUCUUUCUGACUUCUGACUUAAAGACGUACAAAUCCGUAUUGAUGAAUAUUGAAACCGUGGCAUUAAUAUUGUUAGUAAAAUUGUCAUUGUUGGUCCAUGUGUUUCUGUUCAUGAGGUUUUAUAUAUUGCUUUUAUAUUUUGUAUAAAACGGCUAUGUUUAGGUUUGAGGGAAGGGUUAAGGCAUCUAAAAUGUAUCUAUAAAAUGGUAAACCUGCAACUAUAAUAAUAUGUUUAUGGUUGUAAAAAUUGCAAAUACUUUGUUUCUUUUCUUUAGUUCAUAAUCCCAGUACUUAAGAAACACACCCUUAACUCGUGUCUUUUAGAGAACUACAGACUGGUUUCCCUUCUUCCUUCCAAAAACACUUGAACGAGCUGUGUUCAACCAAGUCUCUGCCUUUCUCACACAGAACAACCUCCUGGACAGCAACCAGUCUGGCUUCAGAAGUGGACAUUCAACCGAGACUGCCUUGCUGUCAGUUGUUGAAGACUGGCAAGAACUGAUUCCAAAUCUUCAAUACUUAUCUUGCUGGUACUGUCUGCUGCUUUUGACAUGGUUAACCACCAGAUCCUCCUGUCAACCCUAUUGGCAAAGGGCAUCUCAGGAACUAGUGGUUUGAAUCUUAACUCUCAGAUAGGUCCUUCAAGGUAUCUUGGAGAGGUGAGGUGUCCAAGUCGCAACAUCUAACUACUGGGGUGCCUCAGGGCUCAGUUCUUGGACAACUUCUCUUCUCUGUCUACAUGGCAUCACUAGGUUCUGUCAUUCAGAAACAUGGCUUUUUCAUAUCACUGCUAUGCUGGUGACACUCAACUCUACCUCUCAUUCUAUCCUGAUGAUCCGACGAUACCUGCUCGCAUCUCAGCUUGUCUAACAGACAUUUUUUGCUGGAUGAAGGACCAUCCCUUUCAACUGAACCUUGCCAAAACAGAACUGCUUGUGGUUCCAUCACACCCAUUGUUUCAUCACAAUUUCACCAUCCAGUUAGGCACAUCAAGCAUAACUCCUUCAAAAACUAAAUAAAAAGUUAUGAUUGAUGGUCAGCUUACUUUCUCAGACCACAUUGCUAAAACUACCCAGUUCUGCAGAUUUGCUUUAUUUAACAUCAAGAAGAUCAGGCCCUUUCUUUCAGAACAUGCUUCACAACUCCUUGUUCAAGCUCUUGUUCUGUCCAGGCUGGAUUAUUGCAAUGCUCUCUUAGCAGGACUUCUAGUCAGUUCUAUCAGACCUUUACAAUUAAUCCAGAACGCAGCAGCAAGAUUAAUUUUUAAUGAGCCAAAAAGAAUGCAUGACACACCUCUGUUUAUCAGUUUGCACUGACUACCAAUAGCUGCUCACAUAAAAUUCAAGGCAUUAAUGUUUGCCUACAAAUCCACCUCUGGCUCUGCACCCCUUUACCUAAAUUCAUUACUUCAGACUUAUGUGCCUCUAGAAGCUUGCUUUCUGCAAGUGAACGGCACAUUAUUGUGCCAUCCCAAAGAGGCACAAAAUCACUUUCACAGACUUUUAAAUUAAAUUUUCCCUCCUGGACCUGCCCAACUCAAUCUGAGCAGCUAAAUCCUUAGCCAUCUUCAAGAAUCGGCUAAAAACACAUCUCUUCCAUCUUUAUUUGACCCUCUAACUCUAGCACUCUCUAUUCUAAUUCUAUUCUUAAAAAAAAAAAAAAACAUGCCCCUUUUAGACUUGCAUUCUAUUAAUUUCCUAACUGCUUGUUUUUCUUUAAAAAAAAAAAAAAAAACUAACACUAGCUUUUCUAUUCUUUUUGUAUUCUAUUUGUUUUCUUUUUAUUUAUUAUACAAUUAAAAAAAAUAACCUUGCUACGUGUACUGCGUUAAGCUAACUGAGACUUGUCAUAGCACUUGCAUAUCUUUGCUCUUUUGUUGAUUUUGAUUGCUUUCAUGUAAAUGUAAAUGUAAAUAUAAAUAUAUAAUAAUGUUUACAUUUUAGAUGGUGUCAAUAUAUCCAUAUUGUAAGUUUCAGCAUCUGUCGAUCUAUUCUGUAAGGCAAGAGUACAAUGCUUUCCAGCUUUAAUGAGAAAUUUGAUGUAUAAAUUCAUGUGUCAGUUGGAUGACUCACAUAAUGCUAUUAUAAUGUUGUUGUCAAAUCUUAGUGGGCAAUACCUGUCACCUAUGAGAAAGCAUUGGUAAAACUGUCUCUUGUAAUGUGUAUUGUACAGUUUUGUUUUGUUUGUGUGUGUGUGUUUUUUUUUGUUUUGUUUUUGUUUAUUUUGUUUUUGCUAAUGGGCAUUGAGUCUGGAAAUAAAGUUGAAUGAAUGAAUAUCGAAAUGUAAAAAAAAAAAUAUUAUUUUUUUUUUGGUAUGUGUAAAUGUAAUUUUUUUAUAUCUCAAAAAGCACAGUUAAAUGAUGAAUAUAAAUGAAUAAAUAAGAUCUGUAGAUGGUGUCUUUUAGAGAAAGCAUGAAUAUGUAUGAAAGAUGUUUGGAAACUUCAGCUCUCAGCCCUCUCUCACUAUCAUCAUAUAGAUUAACUAUUGUACGCAUACUCACUUCAACACACAUGCAACUCUUUCAAGGGGAGACUUUCAGGGUUUCCCCAGUGAGCUACUGGACAAUGAUGACCUGUUUCUAUGUAAAUGUAUAUAAAGAAUGAAUGAUAGUACAUUUAUGUAUUAUUCCAUUGACCCAGGCAAAUUAUUUGAAUCAAUUUACCAUGCUCAGGCUCAGCUUACCAACUGCUCACCUUUGGCGAAUUUCUCUGUAUUCAUCACACAAUGUAAUCAGACAAGAUUAAAUGAUGGCAUAUUGUGAAUGUAACUUAAAGGUGACCUAUUAUGCCCCUUUUUACAAGAUGCAAAAUAAGUCUCUGAUGUCCCUAGAGUGUGUAUGUGAAGUUUUAGCUCAUAAUACCUCACAGAUCAUUUUUUUAUAGCUUGUUAAAAUGGCCACUUUUAGGGCAUGAAUCAAAACACACCAUUUUUAGGUUUGUCCUUUAAAUGCAAAUGAGCUGGAGCUCCCGGCCCCCUUUCAGAAGAAGAUGGAGCUUCAAGAGCUCAUGCUUUGCAUGCCGGAAACAACAAAACAGGUCAAUCUCAUAAAUUACAUCACCUGACUAAAUUGUUUGAAACGCUCUAAAACUUUUCAAAUUCCAUAAUUGUAAUCAAAAGCAACACAACAGUUCUGUUUCAAUGAUUUGCAAUUCAAUCUAGUCCCAUCCAAACAAGUAUCUAUUUAAAGAGUGUAACAAAACAGGUCAAUCUCAUGCACCGAGAAUGUCAGAAACUCACAAACGUAGCGUUGGUAUUGAUCCCUCAUUCAGAAUCAACCUUUGCGAACCUUUUACACUUUGUUCCACAAUUUAAGCUUUAUUUCAUAAAUAACAGGAGGUGUCUGUCAAGCCCCAAAACUGAAAAACACUAUAACCACUAAAAAGGCACCAUUCUGUACUACAUUCCAGCCUUCUGAGUAUCAUAUAUACACUUUAUUAUUUAUAUAUAGCUUUAUUAUUAUUUCAUUUUUAAUUAUUUGUAUUUGCCACAUGUACCAGGAAAGACCAAUCAUAACCUUAAAAAGUAUACCAGUUAUGUAUUAAUUGUUAAUAAUACCCCCCCCCCCCCCCCCAAACGAAGUUUUAUUUUGUUUUUUAAAAAUGGGAUUAUCAUUCAUUUUUCUGUAUUGUGUUAUAUUUUUAAGCUAGUAAGUGGUGUGUGAUGAGUGUUGUGGAGCAGGUACAGUUGUUCUGCUUUGGGUCAGAAAGUUCAGGGCCCGCUGUCUCCUCCUCACCUUCACCUCCGCUGGUCUUCCGGAGAGUUCUGCUGCAUCAUAAAGAUUUCAGAGCUCAGAAACAUGAUCAGCCCAAAGAAGUGCUGAACACAGGAAAAAUGAUUCACACACCGCACAGAAAUGUAGCUGCACCUCUAAACAUUUCAUGUUCAUUUGCUAUUUCUUGAAUUUUAGCUGUAUUAUCAGGUGAACAUAUUUGCAAUGAAAAAUUUAUUCUCAUUAAUUUUGGGAGUAUACGAAACAUUAUGUUAAUUUUAAAAUAAUGAUAUCACACAGAAACUCACAAAUGCUUCCUUGACAACAUUAUACUUUUAAGCUUUUCACAUUUUGGAUUGGACCAAAAGUCAUUUUGCACAGCAGAUUCAGUAUGUUCCAGUUUCAGAAGGAAAUGCAUGAACCAAGGGAUGACAUUAAAGAUGAAUCUAGGUUUCUACAUAACAAAGAAAUUAUUUUAUUUUUCUUUCUUUUAAAAAAAAAAAAAAAAUACAUAUACUGCCCCUAAUAAGUCAUAAAUGACAUCACCUGUCUAAAUUGUUUGAAACGCUCUAAAACUUUUCAAAUUCCAUAAUUGUAAUCAAAAGCAACACAGCAGUUCAGUUUCAAUGAUUUGCAAUCCAAUCUAGUCCCAUCCAAACAAGUAUCUAUUUAAAGAGUGUGCCAGUGUUCUCGUCUUCAAAGAGAACGCUGACUCUGCAUCUGCUGGACAGGAGUGGUGUGUGUGUGUGUGUGUGUUUGUGUGGUGAGAAAGAGAGAUGUAGUGUACAGUUUUGGUUUGACUCAGAGGUUUCUGUGACACCACAGGCUCUCAGAGAUAGAGGGUUUGUGUAGGAUGAGUCUUCUUUAACAUUUUCUCUCCUACUCCCGUCUCUUUCUUAUUCUGCCCUGCUCUUUUGACACAUUUUUUUUUUAUCUUCAAACUCUUAUACUCUUUCUCACUCCGUAGCUUCAUAUCUCAGUUUCUCCCACUCAUGUGUUACCACUGUAAAAAAAAAAUAUAUAUAUCUUUUUUUUUGUGUGUGUGAAUUUAGUUGAUUCCUGUCAGCUAGUUGUUGUACUCUACAAUUACUCAUUCAUUUUCACAGAUGUAGUUCAUUACAAUUAUUUGACAACUGUAUGCAGUGAACAGGGAGAGGAAAUGACAAUGCUGUAAUAGUGUUGUUGUUGGAUUACAAUGACUAGCUGUGACUGCAUUACAGUAGGCUAUUCUUUUCUAUAUUUACAGAUUAUUGCAGACCUGCCUGGGCCUUUUUCUUCUUCUACUAAAAGGUCAGCUCACCAAAAUAGUAUUUCAAAGCCUUUUAUUUGUCUUUCAGAUUACGCAAUUACUGUGGAUCAAUUCAUAAAAAUAUGGGAUUCUUUGACAAAUAAUUAUCAUUAGUAGUCAUACACUAUGGUUAUGACAAAAAUGUCCAAGAAUUGGCUCUACAGCUUGACAAUUUUCACAACAAUUUAACAAAUUUCAAUUUUUUUUUCCUCGAUCAGGUUCAUCUCAAAUUUGAAUACAUCACACCUGCAAACUCCACACAGGCAAAACAUGUUGUAGGCAGCAACGUUUUGAUGUAACACCAGUGUCUACGGUAACACCCUAAACUAUAAAAUGACUAAAAACAUUUUAGAGUUCACACGUUUUGACAGAAAGUGUUAUAAAAUGUUAAACCUCACAUCAGCAUACUAAAUGAUUCUGUAUGUUAUAUAUAAUUGGUCUUAACAAAACACUGCUUUAUUAAAGAACAUAUGGAGGUAUGGCCUAUUUCACUGACUGAAUGGCAAGUGUCAGCAAAAGUUGAAGAGUUUGCUGGCAUGAUAUAUAUUUGAAUUGAAUUUCACUUGAAAUCUUUGUGUUCUACGUUUCACUGCUUUAUUUUAUUCUGUUGUUUUUGUCAUGGCGCUUAUUAUCUGGUGUAUAUUUAGCCCUGUGUUUCAUUAGUUCUUGGUUGGUUGUUGUCUUAGAGUAUGCACAUGUAUGUAUAUUUGUAUCGAACAUUUAUGGAGCAACAGACUGUGUGAAAAUAAAUCAAACAAGUUCUAUUUUAUUUUGUUUAAAAAUCGUAUAAAUGUACGAGGUCGCAAGGGGGGCCUUUUUACUCCACACACGGGGGAAAAGGCUGACCAGCAUGGGGCAAACGGCACAGAGUAUUGAUAUAAAUACUUUAGCUAAUAUAUUUAAUAAUGUUAAUACUUAAAAUCCCUUUUGCAAUGUUUGUACUAUUUUCCACUUAUUUUGAUAAAUAAAAUUAUUUGUUUUUCUUCAACAAAUAUACUGUAAUUAAAAUAUUUUAAUAUAAAACAUAUAUAUAAAUUUACAGUAGUAACAACAAAUGAUUUUUUAUUAUAUGAUAUGAUUAAUAUCAUAUUUGUAAAUAUGAUAGUUUCAUUAUAAACUCGGUGAUUAUUUCAUUAUUCUUAAUUCUAUAUUUACCAUCUGAAUCUAACCAUGUCAUGUCAACAAAUGGAAAAGUCAGCCAUCUAUUAAUUAUCAUGUUAAUUAUUGUGCCCCAACAGCAGGGGCGCUUUUUACCGAUACUUUGUUAUUGAAAAACUGUUGCUUUAAUUAUCUUAAACAAAACUGAAAAUUAUUUAAGACAACCUUUGUCUAAAAAUAUAUGCGAUAAUGUUAGCGAUUCUCAUUUGCUACUUAAAUCUACAAUGUUUUAAAAAAUAUCAAAUAUUAGAUCAAGUAAGCACAGAAUCAACUUUGCACUACUGCCCGCAAUUAUGUCAAGGAUCAGCCAAAUUUGCACAUGCAUCUUAAAAAGCUAAUGUUUUGGAAAGUGCUACGGCAAGUUUUUGUACCAUCUAGUGGUUUAGAGGAAAAAAAAGGCCUCAGGAUGCCUUUAGCCCUGUAGUACCCUAUACCUCUUGACAAUAGAUUUUUGUAGAUAAAAUACUGAAAAAAACUGAGAGGACUUUUACACUAGUGUUUUCAAAAUGUCCACCACAAAAGAAAAUAUGGUGCUGGUUGCAUGGUAUUUUAGGUUGCAACCCUUUUUUUAGUUGAAGGGGUUAGUUCAGUUACUAGACAGGGGUGCGUUUCGUUUCUCACACGAAGACAGGCAUGUCCACCGAACUCUACCUUAGGAGGUUGCUUUAGGUAUACCUUCUUACGUGCAAUGUUACCAGGUGCUGUCCAUGGCGGUGGUGCUGAUUUGGCUGAUAUCGAUGGCCUGAGAAUCGAUUAUUCACUCUGUGUAGGGGCUGCUUCAGUGCAUUAUGUGAGAAAGCUGUGUUCUUUAUAAAAGAAAUUGCAAUUGAGAAUGUUUUUAUAAGAUCCCACGAGUCCUGAUAAAUGCAAAGUAAAUCCAACCCUGGAUAUUUUAUAUAAUUUCGAAAUGAGUGAGCGAACCCGCAACCUCAUGCCCAAACAUAUCAUUCCUCAACCCACUACACUAACUAACUAGCAUUAUGCCUUCACAGGCCUUUGAAAGGGUCAUUUACAGCAUAUUAUUAUAAUAUAUUUGUCAUAGUGUUUUCAUUUACUCCACAACCAGGGUUGAUUGCCCAGCAGCCGCAUCAGAUUAUUGGUGUAAUUUUCUCAUUUCUGUUAUUAGAUGACAUGUUCAAUAAAAACGCAGAACGCAAAACAUAUAAUCUACUAUAGAGAAGAAAAAAGGGAGAAAGAGGGGAGCCCCCAGCAGCUGAAUUUCGGGGCUGAGGGGGUAGAUCCAUGAAUAGAAUUAAUGAGGUUUGUGCUGCUUUGGUUGUUUUCCGCAAUUUGAUUGUCCAGGAUCCACUGGAUUGAGCUCACGAUAAUGGGCAGAUGCAGGGUUGGUUCAGGCUCAGCAUUGGAGAUCUGAGAGGACUGGAGGCGGUAGAGAGAGUUGGCGUUUAGGUUCAGUUGUAAUGAUCGGCCUUAUCGGAUGGGAAUGUUACAAUUGAUUAAAAUGGAGUCAAAUUAAAUUUGGAAAUGAACCUGUUUUCAUCAGGUUUUUACUGAUGUUCCUCUCAUUGCUUUAUUUUAAUACUCUAGAGGCUUAGAUGGUCUUUCUAUUAAGAGACAUCAACUGGUUUCUCAAUUUAUAUACGGGGCAUGCAGGCUACAACGUUUUUUGCCCAUUUCACAUUCCCUUACAAAUCCCUGGGAUUUGUCUAUAGUUUUGCUUAUGGGUCCUACGUUUGAGCCUUUAUAAUUUUUGUCUGAUAAGGUGUUGUCUCUUAAAAAGGCCUUGUUUAAGAGAGUUGAUGAUUAGCAUUCCUUGUCGAAUUGUCCUGUAUUUAUAAAAAAAAAAAAAAUGCUAGUGUGUGUGCAAACUGUAACUGUUAUGUAUGUGCGGUCUGUGAGGGAGAGAGAGCGGGAGAGAUAGAGUAUGUGCUUUCCGUACAUAAUAAAUAAUUUUGUGGCAAAAACAUGGACAUGAUCUGUCGUUUUUAUCAUAUUGUUUACUAUAUUUAUUUGUUUGGCCAGUGUCAUUGUGGGUUUUGGUUAUUUUGCUGUUGUAAGACCUUUGAAAUAACAGAAAUCAUUUGGCGCAUAUGGUCAUGUAAUGCGGUCAAGAGCUGCCUGGAACUACGUUCGCCGUGCGUUUCCCUGAAAAUAAUUGCACCAUCAGACAAUGCACAAUAGCCAGCCAAUCAGAUUCACGCAUUCAACGGCCCCAUAGUAUAAGAUGUUUAUAUACUGUACAUGCUUAUUUAUUUUUUGUUAUUGGCUUGUUGGUGUGGCAAAGUAUUUUGGCAGCUACUUUUCAUUUGGCAUUGUGCUAUAUUGUUCCCAUUGCAUAAUGUUAAUACUAAAAGGAACGUCUAGACAAUUACUGUUAGUCUGUUUCCCUGAGUGGGAACAAGAUUCUGCAUAGCAGUUUACACACUCUCUGUUGCUUCAUGGGCUCAUGCCUGACUUCUGAAAAUUGGAGGUUUGAUGCUGCCAAGCAGAAAGUUAUAUGGAAGCUACCACGUAGCACCUUGGUAGCAUCGCUUUUGCGCUAUCAACCAAUAAAUUAGUGUGAUUCUAUUGGGCUUCCAACCAUCUGACGCGGGUUACAUUUUUCAACUUCCACUAUUUUUUCCUCCUCAUCCUCCAUUUUUUAAAAAUUGGAUUUUCAGUGUAUAUGAGGCUACCCAGCAUGACGCCACAGAAACAGAAACCAAACACAACAAAAUGUCUCUCGUGGCUUGUUUUGACUGGUUAAUACACAAACUCUAAUUAACGUAGUUUGAAAUGAACAUGGAAGAGAUGCUUUACCAUUGCACAUCUGGUUAGAGACAAUCAUUAAACUAUGUAACACAACACAAAGCUGUGUUUUAGAAAAAAAAGUCAAUGCAUCCAAAUGCUCUGCCAGAGUGGACACUAAUCACCAUAAUAGUGACUUUUAUGAAACAGCUAUGCUCAUGAUUAUUCCACAAUGCAAAGCAAUAAAGUUGGAAAUUUUUUGUCAGAAAAUGGCCCUUUUUUCACCAAAUGACUUACUAAUACUAUUUUUUUCUUCUUCUUUUUUAUGGAUAGAAAAUCAUCUAAACUCCUGUAAAAUGUUUACAGUGUAAUGAUGUGUUUGAAACCGGAGUAUAUAUCACUAUCUAUCUACAUGCUUAUCACGUAUGUAAAUGCAUAUGCUCAGAACUGAGAGUGUGUGUUUGAGAGCGAUAGCAUGAGUGGGAGUGUGUGUAAUUACCCGUCUGUUACUGCAUGUGUGUGUGUUUAUCCCUUUCACAGUGAGUAAGGCGAGUGGGCGACAGCAGCAACUGGUCUGCCUGUGUGUUGUUGCACAGCAGACAUGCCUCACACUGCACGAUAUUACUCAUUUCCUCAGUCUUGUGUACAUGCACACACACGCACAAACUCUCACACUUUUUCACAGUCAGCCUCACAGCCUUUCGACAUGGUGUGACACCACAUUUUGCCCGUAGAUUUGCACACACCAUUGCCUUACUGGUGUGUCUGUGUGUGUGUGUGUGUGUGUGUGUAGAAGAGCUGCAGGUGUGAUGGACUGCAGGAGUAAGUGGCGUCACAUGGAUAUCUGCUCAGCACACCCCAUCAAGGUCAGUCGCAUCAGGUACUGCAGUGACAUUCAGAAAUAAGUUUUAUCUGUGAAUCAAGUAUACUGUUUAGGGCUACUGCAAGAGGUCAGUGCUAUUUUCAUUUAGUUAUUUAAUUAUUAAUUUAUUGUAUAUACAUGCACAUAUAUAUAUAUAUUUAUUUUUUUCCCUUCUCUCUCUCAGGUGAGCGGGAGUUCUGAACGUGGCUGUGUGUGACACGUGGUGUGCGUGAUGCUGAUCAGCAGAAGAACAUGUCUUUCUCCUAGCCCUUUGUUCUUCCCAGCCCAUGUAACCUAGAGUGGCCCAGAAGGCCCGGGGGAUUGUCCCAUGAAUCCAAGCCCAGACCGCAGCAAGGAGUGUCUCCCCCCCAAAAAGCGGGACUCCCGACAGGGCUCGUCAGAUCAGCCAGCCCCAGAGGAUGACUUCAAACCCCCCGCCCCUUUUCGAAGCCGAAGGCAGCACCACUCCACGGAGGGUCACCGAGAGAGCGGGGAUCUUCUACCACCCCCUCCACCCACACUGCCACCCCUUCCUCUGUCAUUGCCUUGGCAGGUGUCCUAUACUCCCUCCGUGCAUCCCUCAUACCUGCCGGUCCAGGUGGGAGAGAGGCGAGGGUUAGCUUCGGCAUCCUGGAGAGAGGCAUUGUGUGGACGGGGUGUGGAUGGAGGACUGGAGCACACCGUUGCCCAUCCCUCUCGUUGGCUGAGCAGCGACAUCCCCCCAAUUAGUGUGCAACCGCUCAUCUCUGUGCCCAUGUUCAAAAGUGUCUACGCAGGCGAAUCCAGAGAAAUGUGGUCCUACGGCCCCAGUCGACGAGACUAUAGCUCGUCUCUAUUCUCCCCUCACCUCUUUCCGCAGCCUACAGUUUAUCCCCACGACACUCUCCCAGAAAGCAGACUCAGGUACCAAGGCAGACGGCCCAAUGGUGUUGAAGGCACAGAUAGCGGGUCUGGGCCUAGCAGAAGGAUGCCCUCUUGUGAUGGCCGUGGGAACGACAAUGUGACCAGAUUAGACGGUCCACAUGCCAAUGGCAGGAGAAGACAGGAGAACACAACAAGACAGACUACCGGAAGAGGCCUUCCGCCACGAGAGAGCACAAGUGCACAUUCCUCACCGUGGGACAGGGACCCUCGGGGAACACCCAAAACGCCAAUAACCCCCUUGCCAGACGCAAGGACAGGAAGGGCAGUCACCUCUCAGGACCAUUUCGGUGGUAGUACCUCUCAGGCUGGAGCUCAGAUCUACUAUGCUGUGGGGUCCCUUUGCCAAUCUGCUCACCAUAACUCUCAAAAGUACCCACGACUAAGUCCUUCUGUGUCCUGUUCCCCGAGGAAGUCCCAGCACUUCCUGCAAAGCCAACACAACAGCCAUGGGGUUGAGACAGAAUGGGAUCCCUCAGCAGGGUCCUACCAUCCUCCCGUUGCUGUGCUCACUGGCCCUGACCCACCCCCUUCUGCAGUCCUACCUCAUUUUGCCAAAGGUUCCCUGAUCGAGCUGGCCGGCGGCCAUCUGAAGAGGGUGGAGGAGCUGAAGACAGAGGAUUUUGUGCGCAGUGCCGACACCUUGCCUGAGUUUCACCUGAGCACCUGCACUAUUCUGUUAAUCUCACCCGGACCCACGUACGGCUUCAACCACUUGCAGGUCUUGCUCACAGACCGCAACACUCAGGAGCUGCUCACAGUCCUAGCGGAGUAUCCGUUCUUCGUCCGGGACCGCGGCUGGUCUUCUUGCAGUCCCCAGCGGAGCGCCCAGCUGUAUGGCCUGCAGUGCCGUCAGCUCAGCACAGGUGACGUGUGUCUGGCACUGACUCCCACACCUGCUUCACUUCACUCCGGCAGUCAGGUGCAGCGUGCGCACAUACGCUCAGAGGACGCGGUGGAGGUGGCCGAGAGGAUGCCCCAUGUCCCCACACCUCCAACUCCGCCAGCGGGACAGCCUUCUCCUUCCGGUUUGCUAAGCGAGCGGGCCCGCACCCGCAAGAGACGCUGGUCCGCCCCUGAGCUCCAGCCAGGAAUCAAGACUAGCACCCAUUUACCUCAAGGCUCGAAACACGAGAGACAGCAGUAAGGUUUCGAAUCAACACCACAGGAAGGUCGAGAGUCUGAUUAUUGGUAACCUCACAGAUACCGUGGAAUAGCUAGUAAAUUGUUCCCCUUCUUUCCUCCACUGUUAAAUGUGAUUUCAGAAUGUAGAACAACACAUGCUAGCCAGUUCCAAAAUGCACAGUGAGACAAUCAAAAAUCACUUCUUUGUGAUGCCACGCACCUUUUAGUUAUGCUAAUCUCAAGCCUUUUUCUGCAGGGUAUGUCUUUUUAAUCUGUAUUAUAACAAACCGAUACUACUGGAAGAAAAAAGACAAAGUACACAAAUAUAUGAGAAUAUGCUACAGGAAAUAGUCAACUGUUAAAUUCGUAAUGACGUCUCGUUUCACGCUUAUGAACUGCGUAUGUACCUUCAGUCUAGCAGGCAAGCUGAAUGUAUUAAGCAGCCUUCAGCCAGGCUUUCAGUGUGGGGUCAAUAUGCUAGUUCACUUUAGCAUUACACUCCAGCCUGUUCUUACCAAGGGAAGAGACACUAAUGUGGGAAUGAAAGCACACGCGACCCUGAGCCUGGUGUUUUUAAAGAGUGAUGGUGCUAAUGACACAUCAGAAAAGUCCUCUGGUGAUUGUGGGUUUCCCUUUGACAUUUCCUUGUGAAAAAGGACAGAAAUCUAGUGUUUUGAAAUCAGAUACGGGUAUAUCUACUCAUGAUUAAGCACACUCUAUCACUUUAUUUUUCUCUCUUUUUUGUGGUUUCUCAAAUAAUGUUUGCUGUUAGUUUUUUUGUUUCUUUAUAAAUGUUCUAAUUGCUCUAAAAAUGUAUAUUUUUAAAUUUGUGAGACUGUAAUACAAUGUUCGCUAGAAAUAAAAGAACAGCUUUCUAGAUUUA